AUGAUCUCGCAAAUCCUUCUGAUCAUCAUCACCAUCUUCCUGCCNCCCGUCGGAGUCUUCAUGAUCGCGGGCUGCGGCGCCGACCUCCUGAUCAAUAUUGCUCUGACCGUCCUUGGUUACUUCCCCGGUCAUAUUCACGCCUUCUACCUCGAAUACGUCUACUUCCACAAACAAGAACAGGCCAACGUGGGCUUCUACGACAACAACGCAGCGCCUGGUGUGUACAGCGACAACGUCCAGACUGGUGGCCGCGGCUACGGCACCGUGCCUCCUCCCGCGACUGGCUCUCAAUUAAACUAG